AUGGAGACGUAUUACGGGCACGUUCGCACACCUGCGGACGCUAUUAUUCUUUUUGAGGCUUGCCGUAUCGGCCUUUUACCUCGCGUGCAAAGACGAUUAUCAGAGAAAGAGCGACAAUCAAUCCGUUCCGGUUCGGUCUUUGUAUGGGAUGAGCGAGAAGCGGGUAUGCGGCGAUGGACCGAUGGGAAGUCAUGGAGCGCCAGCCGUGUGUCUGGUAGCUUUUUGACGUAUCGUGAAAUGGAAGGCAAGCGCGGAGGUGGUAGCGUCUCUCAGGGUUCUGCGUCCCGAGGAGGUAAAACGCCUGAGAGUCGGGGCAGUGACGAUGACCGCGCGGAUGGAACAGAUGAGGGACCAGAUGGAUACCGUUACAAACCAGAUGGCUUGAUGAAGCAGUCUUUCAGUAUCACAACAUCCAACGGUCAACAUCUGCAUCUCAUUAGCUACUAUUCACGGUCCCACCCUUCGGCCGCUAACUUACAACAACCAACUACGGAUCCUGCGCUGCGCCAUGUUCGCCCCCAGAAAGGUCUCUAUCCCGAGUCAACAGUCAACGAUCAGCAAAACCUCCCUGUCGUUACCCGUGGACCUAUGCAAGGCGCUGCCUACCCCAUAACUCCCCAUCCUCUCGGCGCAUACCCGCGCGUCACUCAUACACAGCCAUACCCACCUGCCUAUGCUUGGCCGCCCACCCCUCUAGCCACACCACCGACUGUCUCGGUUCAGUACGGCCCUGGUCCUUCUUAUCUGCCCCCGGUAGGUGCCAAUGGACAUCCUCAUUAUGGCCCGCCACAUCAUCAGCCUCCACAUCAUCAACAUGGUGGUGCACUCCCACCCCCUCCACACGGGAUGACAAGUCCGUAUGAUCGACCACCUCACAUUGAAUCAACAUUGCCUCCAGCUGGACCACCGACACAACAACCAAGCUACAUGAACCGGUCACCGCGCUCAAUACACGACCAUGCUCAAGCCCACGCCCAUGCUCAUGCUCAGGCUCAGGCUCAAGCUCAGGCUCAGGCACAGGCCCAUGCUCACGAGCAACGCACCCCGCCUGUCUACGGGCAUACUUUAGUUGACCCUCGCAUGGCAUCACCGCGCGUGCCAGUCCAGUCCCUGGCGCAGCCAAAUGGCCACGCGCACAGCCCUCAUCUGGCGAAGCAGGAGCAUCCCGCCGCGCUGCCCUCUCUUAACCCCAUCGCCGCAUCACCAAAGUCUUCCGAUCCCACGAGCGCUGGAAAUGCAGUUCCUGGCAUUGGCUCAUUAAUGAACGGUGCAGGGCUGGCCCCUCUUUCCUCAUCGACUGCCUCUCCCGGUGGCCCCGCCGCGAGCUCGAACGGAACCCCCGCCGCGUGCUCUUUCGCUGAGGGUCCACGGGAUAUCCCUAACGAGAAGAUCGGAUUCGGAGGCGAGGACACGAGGGCACUGCGCCAGCUGGAUCGCGCCUUCAUUGCAUGA